CAAAUCAUGGAAGAAGCUGUCACGAGGAAGUUUGUGCACGAGGACAGCAGCCACAUCAUCUCCUUCUGUGCGGCCGUCGAAGCCUGCGUCCUCCACGGCCUGAAGCGCCGAGCAGCCGGCUUCCUGCGCAGCAACAAGAUCGCGGCCCUGUUCGUGAAGGUGGCGAAAAGCUUCCCGCCUGCCGAAGAGCUUUGCCGGAGGGUGCAGAGUCUGGAGCAGCUCAUCGAGAGCGGGCGAAACCAGGGAGGGGGUGCCACAGAGAGCACCCGCAAAGCCCAGAAGCUCCCCAACCUGUCCCCGCAGGCCAUCAAGCACCUUUGGAUCCGGACAGCCCUGUUUGAGAAGGUCCUGGACAAGCUAGUGCACUACCUGGUGGAGAACAGCAGCAAGUACUACGAGAAGGAAGCGCUGCUCAUGGACCCAGUCGACGGCCCGAUCCUCGCCUCCUUGCUGGUCGGGCCGUGCGCGCUGGAGUACACCAAGAUGAAGACCGCGGACCACUUCUGGACUGACCCCUCGGCCGACGAGCUCGUCCAGAGGCAUCGCAUCCACAGCUCGCACUGCCGGCAGGACUCGCCCACCAAGCGCCCGGCGCUCUGCAUUCAGAAGCGGCACUCAAGCGGCAGCAUGGAUGACCGGCCCUCCCUCUCGGCCCGAGACUACGUCGAGUCGCUGCACCAGAACGCCAGGACCACCCUCCUGUAUGGCAAGAAUAACGUCCUGGUGCAGCCCCGAGAUGAUAUGGAGGCAAUUCCAGGCUACCUGUCCCUUCACCAGACGGCCGACAUCAUGACGCUCAAGUGGACCCCGAACCAGCUGAUGAACAGCUCUGUGGGGGACCUGGACUACGAGAAAAGCGUCUACUGGGACUACGCCAUGACCAUCCGCCUGGAGGAGAUCGUCUACCUGCACUGCCACCAGCAGGUGGACAGCGGGGGCACAGUUGUCCUGGUGAGCCAAGACGGCAUCCAGCGCCCGCCGCUGCACUUCCCCAGGGGGGGGCAUCUCCUGCAGUUCCUCUCCUGCCUGGAGAACGGGCUGCUGCCCCACGGCCAGCUGGACCCGCCGCUCUGGUCGCAGCGGGGGAAGGGGAAGGUGUUCCCAAAGCUGAAGAAGAGAACCCCGCAGGGGACCUCGGAGUCCGUCUCGGACAAGGAGGACGACGAGGCGACGGACUACGUCUUCAGGAUCCUCUAUCCCGGCACGCAGCUGGAGUUUGUGCCGCAGGACCUCGUCGACGCGCCAGGAGGCGUCCUCCCCCCAGUGUGGCAGCCGAGCACCCGCCAGUCCUCCUGCUCCUCCUGCUCCCAGAGCGGCUCCACGGAAAGCGGCCCUUCCAGUGGCUGCAGCCACGAAAGAGCUCCGUUGAAGCUGCUCUGCGACAACAUGAAGUACCAGAUCCUCUCCCGGGCAUUUUAUGGCUGGCUGGCCUACUGCCGGCACCUCUCCACCGUGCGGACGCACCUCUCGGCGCUGGUGAACCACGACAUCGUGUCCCCCGACGUGCCCUGCGACGCCAGCGGGGGGCUGACUGCGGAGACCUGGGAGAAGUUCCUUCUGGACCACACGAGCUACGAGGAGAAGGAGCUCCUGCGACUGGUCUACUUUGGAGGGGUCCAGCCUGAGAUCCGGAAGUCUGUCUGGCCGUUCCUCUUGGGACACUAUCGGUUUGGGAUGUCAGAAGCUGAGAGGAAAGAGGUGGACGGCCAGACCCGCGCCUGCUACGAGCAGACCAUGGCCGAGUGGCUGGGCUGCGAGGCCAUCGUCAGGCAGCGGGAGAAGGAGUCGCACGCGGCGGCCCUGGCCAAGUGCUCCUCGGGGGCCAGCCUGGACUCCCACAUGGAGCGCAUGAUGCACCGGGACUCCACCCUCAGCAACGACUCUUCCCAGAGCGGCAGUUCCGGCCGACAAAACCUGACCCGGCUGCAGAGCGACUCCAGUGGCAGCACCCAGGUGUUCGAGUCCGUGGAUGAAGCGGAGCAGCCUGAAGCAGAAGCCAGGCCGGGAGGGGAUGGGCCAGCCGCCCUGCCCACGGGGAGUGGCCCCGGCAGCGGCUCUCCUGGCGCCGGGCACCCCUCGUCCCAGAGCUUUUCCGCCAGCUCCGUAUACCCGGAGUGCGGCUUCAGCGCCGAGGACGGCGUGACCGAGGCCAGCGAGGCUGCAGUGCCCCAUGCUGCCCCCGCGAGUGCGGAGGGGGACAGGCCGUGGGGGCAGGAGGGCCUGGACGGGGGCUUGGAUGCCUUAGCCCUGAUGGGCACGGAGCUCCCCGACCGGGAGGGGCCGCCCCUGCCCAUGGCGGACGUGGCGGGCAGCUGGGCUGGCCACCGGGCGCAGCAGCCGGCCUCCACGGGCAGCGAGGACGACCUCUCGGAGGAGCCGGAGAUGGAGAGCCUGUAUCCCGAGCUGGACGCGCACACGCUGGCCGUCGCCGACCUGCCCGUGAGCGAAGUCUCGCCUGUGUCCUCGUCGGGGGUUGCCUACUCUCCAGAACUUCUGGACACGUACACGAUCAACCUGCAUCGCAUCGAGAAGGACGUGCAGAGGUGUGACCGCAACUACUGGUACUUCUCGCCCGCCAACUUGGAGAAGCUGCGCAACAUCAUGUGCAGCUACGUCUGGCAGCACAUCGACAUUGGCUACGUCCAGGGGAUGUGCGACCUGCUGGCCCCUUUGCUCGUCAUCCUGGAUGAUGAAGCCCUGGCGUUCAGCUGCUUUACGGAGCUCAUGAAGCGGAUGAACCAGAACUUCCCCCACGGAGGAGCCAUGGACACCCACUUUGCCAACAUGCGGUCGCUCAUCCAGAUUUUGGACUCGGAGAUGUUUGAGCUGAUGCACCAGAAUGGCGACUACACGCAUUUCUACUUCUGCUACCGCUGGUUCCUCUUGGAUUUCAAGCGAGAACUCGUGUACGACGACGUCUUUGCUGUCUGGGAGACCAUCUGGGCCGCGGCUCGGAUCUCCUCGUCGCACUUCGUCCUCUUCUUCGCGCUCGCCCUGGUGGAGGUCUAUCGGGACAUCAUCCUGGAGAACAACAUGGACUUCACCGACAUCAUCAAGUUCUUCAAUGAAAUGGCCGAGCGGCACAACACCAAGCAGAUCCUGACCCUGGCGCGUGACCUCGUGUACAAAGUCCAGACGCUGAUUGAGAACAAGUGACUCUGGAGCCCCCGCCAUCGAGGAGGGAGCGGAGCGGGGCCGCCCCGGCUCGUUGCGGGGCUGCGAACG